AUGAUAGUGUGCCUGUAUCGAAACGUAAUUUAUUUCAAAAUCUUCGUUAUAAUGUUAAACAAAAAUUCAUCAAAUUACAAUUCCCAUUGGGUCAAAAUAAAACCAAUGAUAGUGGAAAUAGUGGUGAAUCGAAUCGUAACAAUGUGAAACAAGUGAUGAAAACAUUAAUGACAAGGCCAUUACGUUUGAAAAUACGUCCUGGUGAUACGUCUACUUCUUCAUCAAUUAAUAAUGGAAAAUUAUUGGUAAAUCGUUUUACACGUAAGAAGAAAGAUUUGAUAAAGAAAAAUAUAAUCAAUGAUGCUAAAAUUCAAUGUACAACACCAACCACAAUAAAUGAUCGUGCAAGAUUCAAUAUUCGUCAUCAUACAUUCACCAAUAAUAAUAAAGAAUUUGAUUCUGAUGCCGAUGAUUCAAUGUUUAUAUUACAACAUCAACAUUAUUAUUGGAAUCCAUAUUAUCAGCAAUUACCGAAAUAUCAACGCCAAGAAUUGCUACGUGAAUUGGAUCGUGUUAUGCAUCUUUUAUUCACAAAUAUCGGUGUAGAAUUUAUUUGGAAUCAUUUGGCAUUGACAUUCAAUACAGCAACAGAAGAAUCGAUUACAUUACGAAAAAUCAUGCAUAUUAUUCUACGAUCAUCAUCAAUGGUUAAAAGAAAAAAAUCAAAACGAUCACUUGAUGAUUCUAGUGAAGAAGAAGAUGAUGAUGAUGAGUCCUCUGAUCAAGAUGAUGACGAUGAAGAAAGUGAUGAAGAAGACGAUGAUGGUUACAACGACGAUGAUGAUGAUGAUGAUACAAUUUCACAAUCAUUAUCGUGGAUACGGAAUUUAGUGCCGACAAUGUUAUUGGAAAAUGUACAAUCAUUACGUAUGGGAAAUAAUUAUUCAUUUAGCUCGACAACAACGACUGCUACCAGUUCCAAUUCAUCAUCCACAUUUACAUUAUCAUCAUCAUCAUCAUCAUCAUCAACACCAUAUGCAUCACCACAAAGAAUACGUUCACCUGAAUUUGAAAAUUUUCAUAAUGAUGCCGAUGUUGAUGAUGAAGAAUUCGAUGAUGAUAAUAAUAAUGGUCAUCAUCAUCAACAUCGAAAUCAUCAUCAACGUCGAAUCAAGAAAUCAACAUUGAAAACAAAGUUAUUAAUUUCAUUAACAAAUGGUUGUCGUCAUUGUGGAAAAAUGUUGAAAUUUUCCAGUCCAGUACAGCCAGUUGGUACAGAAUCUGUAACAAUAUUGGAAUCCUGUACAUUAGCUAGAUUUUUGUUGGGUGAUUCACAACCAUAUCCACAUAGUAAUGAUGAUGAAAAUUAUUAUGGACAAAAAUCAUCGUCUGCCAAUACGAUUGAUAAUGAUGAUUCUGCUGCUUAUACAACGUUUUCGCUAUCAUCACAACCACCACCGCCAACACGUGUUGAUGUAUUAAAUUAUAGUACAAGUUCAUUAUUCGUGAAUUCCAUUUCAGUUUCAAUGAAUCGUUGUUCAGCAUUAGAACCACUUGAAGUUGGCACAGCAAAUUAUACAUUUUUAAUACAUUUUCUUGACCAUGUUCUGCGAUUAAUAUGUCAAAGUGUUAAAUCAUUCACUCGUAUUGAUCUUCGGGCAUCGAUUGAAUUAUGUUUGGCAUUGUGUUCGAAAUUGAAACCAGCAAUUAUGCAAACAUUCACACGACGUUAUCGUCGUGAAUUGAAUCAAUUGAAAAAUAAAGAUUUUGCUACCACUAAUAACGAACAUUCAAAUAUUCAACAACAAAAACCAAAUAUUGCUGUAUGGUUUCAAACAUAUGGACAACAACAACAACAACAACGUUCACAUAUGAAAACACGAUCAUCACCGUCGGUAUCAUCAUCAUCUGGUAAACCACUAAACAAACAAUUAGAAUUGGUACGUGAAGAAACUGAAGAUGAUGAAGAAUCACAGCAGCAGCAGCAGCAACAACAAAUGGAAGAUCAUCAACCGGAUGAUGUCAAUGAUUUUGAUGAUAAUAAUAUUGAUCAAUGUGAAUUUAAUGAUGAUUUUCAAAUUGAAUUAGUCGUGGAUGGAAUAUUGAAAUUUUUUGCAACAUUUGUUGAAAAAAUUCUGGUGAAAAAAUCCGCUACGAAUAAUGGGAAAACUUUCGAAACAAUUAUUGAUUAUUAUCGUCGUAUAAUGUUACGAAAUAUACCAAAUGAUCAACAACAUAUACAGCAAAUUAUCGAUCGUUUUGUAAUCAAUCGUCAUCAAUCACAUUAUCCAGAGAUUAUCAUAAAUGCACAAUUAUUACCAUUAUAUCAAUUAUUUUGUGAAUUAUUAAUAGAAAUCGGUACGAUACCGUUGUUGUCAUCGCCAGCAUUUUUAUUUAAAAAACGUGAACAAAAAAAUUCAAUGAAUGUGGAACAAUUUAUUAUUGAUUCUAAACAACAUACAGAAGAAUCAGUAAUCAAAAAAACGGAUUCCAUUUUUCAAAAUGUCGAUAAUACACGUUGGUUUGUCUAUUUAAUGGCAUUAUCAGCAAAUGGUAUUGGUUCCUGUACACAUUGGCAUCAUCGUCAUCAUUGUCGAAAUAAUCAAAUAGAACGAAAAUCAAUGAUACAACAGCCAUCAAUAUGUUGCCAAUUACGUCAUGUUUCAUAUACAUCAUUGGCUACAAUUCUUGAUUUAAUGACAAUGACACGUGCUUAUAUUGUAUCACAGCCAUCAAUGUAUCCAACAGCAUUAUCGAUAGGAAAUGAUGGAGAAUUUCAAUGGCCAGCAUAUGUUGAUAUGACAAAUAUUGAUCUAUUUCCACGUACAUUUGUGGCAAGACGAUUGAAUUUUUUUCCAUUAAUUCAUCCAAAAAUGUUACAAUUUGUUUAUGAAUCAACCACAUGGUUUCGAAUUGUUGCUAGUGGUCUUUGGUCUAAUUUAUCAGCACAAGAUUCCGUAUUACAUCAUUCAACAAGUGCCCUAUUACAACAAUUACAUUCUAUAUCGCAUGAUGAAUCUAUCUGUGAAGUUGUUAUCUGUGAUGAAAUGAUUGGCAGUGGUAGUAAUGUUGGUGGUUGCUGUAAAUCUGAUAAUGGUAGAGCCUGUUCGAAUGUUGGAUCAUCAUCAGCAUAUCGAUCAACAAUGAUGAUGAAUAAUAAUAAUUUAUCUAUGGAUAGUUUAAGAUUUUUUAAUCCACAACAACAACAAAAUCAUCAUCAUCCAAUACCAUUUGAACAACAAUCACGUCAUCAUAUGCCAAAUAAUAAUAUGGAUAUUGUACAUCGUGCACGUACCAAAUUUGCCUUAAUGUUUUCAAUUAUACGUGAUAUAAAUUUUAUUUCUGAACGUUUAGCAUUAGUUGUUAAUGCAUUAGCAUCGGCAGCUCGAUCAACAUCAGAUGGUGAUUCUGAUGGUGUUGGUGGUCUUUUACACAAUACAAUCGCCGCCACCACAACAACAACGAUUGUUAACAAUGAUUAUAAUGAUUUAUUAACAGUGAAUGAAAAUUCAUCAAGUUCAAAAUUGAUCGCACAACUUGAAAUUGAAAUAGCCACCGGUAUGGAUUCAAGUCAAUAUCAAUCAUUAAUGAAUUGUGCUAUGGUUGGCAAUUAUCAAGAUUUACAUCGUCUACUGAGGAUCACAUGUCCAAUAUCACCGGUUGCAUUAUGUUCAACGUUAAAACGCCAUUUUGAUCGGCCAUUAUUCAUCAUGUUGGAUGCAUUAUCACAGCGUAGAAAUCUAAGUGAUCAAUUUUCAAUAUCAGCUGAUUGGCUUUUACGUUGUAUAAAACAGCCGAAUUUAUUUGGCACAAAAAACCUGAUGUUUACAUCGCCCAACGGAUUCGGUGUUACAUCGGAAUUUCAUAAUCAAAAUCACAAUCAUCUGAUAUCUGAUAUUAUGAAUCAUAAUGAUAAUGAUUCUUCAGAUAUUGGCCGCAUAUUGGAACCAUUAUUAUUUAUUCUUUUACAUCCAAAUACGGCAAGAUUAUCGAUUAAAAAUGUUAAAAUUCUUCGUUAUACACGAUCCAAUCACCAUGAUGGUCAACAUUUUCCAUCGAUGUUAUUACACGCUACUGAUAAUGACAAUUUAUUGGAAAAACAACAACAACAACCCCAAGACAUUCAAAUGGAUUCCGUGAAUGAAGAAUCAAAAAUUUAUGCAAUUACCUCGACUAAUGGUAAUGUUAUUUAUCAUGUACGUAGACGUCCACCGCCACCACUACAACAACCACCACCACAAUCAUCAUCACGUUCACCAACAAUAAUAACGAUGAAUACUACAUCAUCACCAAUGUUGGAUUCAAUGAAAAUUAUUAUAAAUCCAUUUGAAAAAUUAUCAAUCCAUGAUGAUAAUAAUGGUACAGAUUCCAUACAAAUUCAACAAAUUGUAAAUGAUCUAAUUGAUCGUAUCGCUGCUGAAUUUGAUCAAAAUCAAAAUGUUUCAUUGGAUGAAUCUAGACCAGUGAAAAAUUUUCCUGGAAUGGCUUCAUUUCAAACCAAAAUUAAUAUUGAUGAUGAUGAUGAUGAUGAUGAUGAUCAUAGUUCACCAACAUCAUCGACAACUCCUACACCAAAUUUAAGCGGUAAUGAUGAUCGAAAAUAUCGUUUUAGAAAUGAUAACAGCAACAGCAACAAUAAUAGUGGUGGACGGAAGCUACGUUUUGCUGAAAUGCAUCAACAUUUAUUAUUAUAUGAACGUCGUUAUGAUUCAUUACGUACAACAUAUGCCCUGGAUACAAUAAUAUCAAUGAUUGAAACAUGGCCAUCACGUGUUUUAUUUGCAAUGUCAACACAUAGAUUAUUUAAUGAUCCAAAUAUGCCUGGUAUAAACAACAACAACAACACGGCUAUAUCCACAUCAUCAUAUGUUUCAACAGCAACCAACAGCCAAUCAUCAUCAUCAUCAUCAAUAUUUGAUGGAACAAGAUCAGCACAGAUACGAACAUUAUAUCAACGUCAUCGUAAUUCAAUAAAUGGUGAUGGUUUUUAUUCAAAUCAUAAUAAUAAUCAAAAUUUUGUACAACAACCAACAAAUGUGGCCAAUGUAAAUUCUUUUGUUUCAUCUGCAACAACUGCAACCACAGCAGCAGCAGCAGCAAAUCGUACAAGAUCACGUUCAAAACAACAUAUAUUUGAAUCAUCAUCAUCAUCAUCACCUGGUGAUGAGAAUAUAACAUUAUUAGAAUUGGUCAUACAAAUAUGUCUUCAAUAUCUUCUUAGUUAUUAUCCAAGUUGUCCAGCUGAUAUGGCAUCAACAAUGACAGCGAAUAAAUUGAAUAAAAAAUCACCAUUAGCACGUGAAACAGGUUUAGAAGGUGGCCUUUUGGAUGAAUUAUUCUUACAGAUUCGUUCAAAUCAUUGUAUUGAUCUUGAAGCUAUUUAUGGUAAUCAACGUGUACGUUUAUUAGCUGCACAAUCAUUACGUAUAAUAUUUCGUAAUCUAAGCCAAAUGAUUGAAGUACGAAAUCAUAAUCGCCAUUAUGAACAAUCAAAUUAUAAACAUCAUAAAAGACAACCAAGUGAAUCAUUAUUAUGUUUUAGUCAAUCAAAAUCAUUUGUACAAUAUUUAAAAGAAUUAUUAACCCGUUGUCAAGUACAACGUAAUGUAAUGCAAUGUUUAGCAACAUCUGUUUGGCAUUAUCAGCAAAAAUAUUCAACAACUACUGGUGCCGCUACCGACAAUAAUAGCAAAAAUUUGAAAUCAACAGAUGAUAAAAAUCGAACAAAAUUUCAAAAACGACAAGAAACUUCAUAUCUAUUUCCAGAAACAAAAUAUAAUCAACAAACAAAAUUGAAUCCAGCUGAUAUUGCAUUCAUAAAGGAGAUAUUGGAUUAUAAUGAUUAUCCAGAAAAUCAUAAUAAUAAUCAUUUUGAUUUGAAUAAUUUUUAUGUUGAUGAUGAUAAUACAACGACAAUGAUGAUGAAUAAUGAUAAUCAAAAUGAUUAUCAUGUUGAUGAUGAUCGACAACAGCAUGGAUUUCAUGAUGAAUUUGAAAAAUCAUUAUUACAUUUACUUGAACAGGUAAUGAUAUUAGAAUCAAGAAUACAAUCAGCAUUGAUUGAAGCUGCAAUAAAUGUUGGUAAUCAAAAAAAUUCAUCUUCAUCAUUACAAUUGGAUUCAUUGAGUACAUCAACAACAGCAACUACUACUGCGGCCACUACAUUAUCAUUAAAUCAUCAACUUUCGAUUGUACCACGUAUACAAUCAGAUAAAGAAAUGAUUGAAAUGAAUUUUGAUCCAGAAUUACCAUUACUUGGACAAACACUAUUGAAUAGUUCAUUACAUUAUGCAUUACAGCAGAAUUUUCGUCGCCAUAUCCAUACGGAAUGGUUAUCAUUUAUUGAAUCAUCAUUACAAUAUGCUGGCCGAUUUAUGCCACGUUUAGUAUUGACGGCUGUUAAUCAAUUAUGUCGUAAUAUUGAUUCAUUAACAAAAGAAAUUGAACAAUUUGCAAGAUCUAAAUGUUUUGUUUCAUCACAACUGAAUAUGCCACCAUUUAUACAUAAACAUUUUGCACAAACAUUACAAGGAAUUGCUAUGAUUUAUUCAUAUUGCCUAUUGGAUCGUAAUCAAUUUGAUCUUUUAGCACCGGUAUUGAAUGAACUGUUUGAUGAUAGUCAAGAGGAUCGGGCAAGAUCAUUUGGUCUUAUUACUAGUCGUAGAAAUCGUUAUAGAUUUGAUGCUGAUAAUAUGUUCAUCAAUGAACAAUGGACAUUAAGUCAAAAUGGUGGCGCUACAUCGAUAACAAGUAAUGGAUCUACUGGUGCCAUCCAAGCGAUAUCAUCUAUUUUACAUAACAUUAUGAUUAUGCCAAUGUCAGGAUCGAAUGCUGGAAAUGGUGGACCGAAUUCAAGCGGUACAACUAGUCAUACAAAUCAUGAUCAAUCUGAUCAAUCUAGUACAGCUGAUUUAGGUAUUGUUUUUUCGCAACUAGAUACUUUACCAAAUAAUCUAGCUAUAACAAGACAACGAAUACUUGAUUAUACGAUUUUAAAUCGUGUUCUCACUGCACUGUUUCAAGUAUGGUGUACAAUGAUUGUUCGUGAUGAAGCCACCGCCGAUAUUCAAUCAGCCAAUCUAUCAUUAUCAACAAAUCAACCAUCAGCUUGUUGUCAUCCAUAUGUACGGCAAUUUCAUUCAAUAGAUACAUCGAAUCAAAAAAAUUGGAAAAAUUGUCGCUAUUCACAAUCCAAUUGUAGUUUAGGUUGGUCAUCAUCAAUAUAUACUGGCUGGUAUAUAACCGGUUCAUCGAUGAUGUUACGUCAAGCUAUUAUUACCAUAUUGGAUAUUGUUGCCGUUUCGAAUGGUGUAUCAUUAAUGAAAUCAAUAGCACGUGUUUGGCAUGAUCUACGUGAUCGUUCAAAUUCUGUCAAUAGUAAUCAAUCAUCGUAUUCAUCAUUAUUAGCCGAUUCAAUCGAUAUGGUUAUUACACCAGCAACAGCUGCACAACAAAAAUUAGUACAAUUAAUUUCAUCAUUGCAACCAAUUUUAAAUCUUGAAUAUUUAAUACAAAUUGUACGAGCCGUACUAAAACCAUCUUCAUCACCACUUUCAAUGUCUUCUUCAUCAUCUGCAUCAUCGUCAACAGCGACCACUACAACUACAGCAGCAACAAAUUCAUCAUUAUCAUCAUCAACAAGUUCAGCAUCAUCAAUUACAACUGAAGUAGAAUCUACACAACAUUCAUUCACAUCGAAUCCAUUUGAUAAUAUAUUUUUGAUUGAAGUUUCAUUAUUGGAAUUUUUUCUUGCUUACAUCCGUACAUGUCGUGGUGAGCUAUUAUUACGUGCUUGUCGUUCAAUGCUUGCAUUGAUCAAGGAUGGUUUUGCGCUGAACCUAACAGCAUCGGUUCCAUAUGAAACAUUUUGGCCACGUUCCAGACAACGUCAACCAAUAAUACCAUCAAGUUCAGUACAGAUUAAUUUUCAACCAUUAAUCAAUAUUCAUUUGUUAGCAAUUAUGCAUGAAUUUGUCAUUACAUCUCCAUUUGUUGAAGAUCGUCGUGCUCAAAAAGAAUUACAGGAUGUAACACAAAAAUUAAUCGAUGCAAAUAUUAGUGUUGCUGGUGGUCGAUUAUUACAAUCACGAUUUUGGUCAUUUCGUCGUAAUUUUGAAGUAAUGCCCGUCAAUAGUGAUUAUCAGAUUGGACAUCAUCAUCAUCAUCAUCAACAACAACAACAACAACAUCAUACUGGACGACCAUCACCAACAUCAUCACAUCGUUCGAAUGGUUCAUCAUCAGCAGCAGCUACACCAAUCACUGAGGAAGCAUUAUCCAAUACACAUAAUGAACAAAAUAUUUCAUUCAAACGUGGACUAUUUCGUUCAUCUGCAUCGGUUCAAUUUCAAUCAUCUGAUCGUAGCCCUUCGAAUUCGAAUACAAGUCAACGUACCGUAACACCUAUUCAUGAUGAUUAUCAUCUAUUGGAACAACAACAACAGCAGCAGCAGCAGCAACAACAACAACAAACUGAUAGCUUAUUGUUUGGUUUAUUCAAUUUUAAUCUAUCCUAUCUAUCAACAACAGCUACUAGUGGAUCGAAUCAUCAAGAUUUAGCGAAUACAUCACAGAAUCUGUUUUAUAGUUAUUUCUGUAUAAAAGCAUUAUAUGCAAUGGCAGAAUUUGCAGCACCAGUUUUAGAUGUUGUUUAUGCAAGUGAUGAAAAAGAAAAAAUGAUACCAUUAAUCGUGAAUAUGAUGUCAUAUGUAAUACCAUAUCUUAAAUCACAUAGUCAACAUAAUUUACCUUGUUUUGAUGCCUGUUCUCGAUUGUUGGCAUCAUUUUCUGGUUAUCAAUAUACACGUAAAGCAUGGCGUCGUGAUUCAUUGGAAUUAUUAUUGGAUUCAUCAUUUUUUCAAAUGCCACCAGAAUGUUUACAAUCAUGGCGUACAAUAAUCGAUCAUCUGAUGACGCAUGAUAAAAAUACAUUUCGUGAAUUUUUACAACGUAUGUCAAUAGCACAAAGUCCAUCAGUAUCAUUCAAAAUAUUUGUACCAUCGUCGACAAAAGAUCAGGAAUCUGAACCACGUGCACAACUGGUUAAACGUUUGGCAUUCAUAUUGUUUUGUUCAGAAAAAGAUCAAUAUCAACGUUAUAUGGCUGAAAUACAGGAAAAAUUGAUUGAAAUUCAUCGUACAUCGCAACAACAAUCACAAUCAUUAACACAAUUGCAUUCACAAUCAUUAUUACAAUCACAAGUAUUGUUGGCAUUUCGUGUCAUUCUAUUGCGUAUGUCACCACAUUAUUUAGCAUCAUUGUGGCCAUUUAUUUAUACUGAAAUGUUUCAAGUAUUUCUAAGCAUUGAACAAGCUUUACUCAAAGUUAUUCGUGAUGAACAAAAAAAUAAUUCCAAUGAUUUAAAAUGCUCAGAUUCAGCUACAAUUUCAACACCAUAUGGCAUUUAUUUGGAUAUAUCGGAUCUUCUUGCCAAUCAAUCAUCAAUACAUCGAUCAUCAUCAGCCAGUUUUAUACAUCAUCAACAACAAAAUCGUCAAACAAAAUUAGAGCCAAAAAUAUCAUCAUCACAAUUACAAUUGUUUUUAAAUGCCUGUAAAUUAUUGGAUCUAGCUUUGCUAUUACCAUCGGAUAUUUUGCCACAAUUUCAGCUACAUAAAUGGGCAUUCAUAAAUACAGAUUCAUUUCCAUCAAUUUCCACAAAUAUUCGACAACCAAUCGAUUGGUUGGGUGGUAUUUCACCAUUCUCCGAACCAAUUGUAUUGAAUUUAGCUACCACAAAUACAACUACUGCUAGUAGUAGUACGAAUAAUGUACAAACAGAUUCUAUUUUAUCAAAUACAACAACAACAAAUUUUCAAUCAUCAGAACCAUCAUUAUUGAUGGAAAAUAAUGCUCCUAAAUCAUUAUCGGAAACAGUGUCAUUAAAUUCAUCAUCAACAACAACAACAAUGUUUGAUACACAAUCACCACAAUCAUUGCCAGCCAAUCUAAAUACAUCCAUAUCAUCUGCUACAUCUACAAUUACAUUGAAUCAAUGUAAUAAUAAUGAAACAACAUUUGUACCACAUGUUGUUUUUAUUAAUCAACUUCUUAAUUAUUUAACGGACUCAAUACCGGUUGUAUCGAAAUCAAAUGCAACAACAAUGACACCAUUAUUAACAAUGUCAUCGAUUGAAUCAAUACACGAUUUACAUCCAUUUUUUGCAUCGGUUUUAUCACGUUCAAAUCAAAGUACAAUGUUUACAACAACAACAAAUGGUCAACAACAACAACAACAACAUCAUUCAAAUCUUGAACGUCAAAAUGAAUCAUCAUCAACAUCAUCUAAUAAUCAUCGUCGUUCAUUUGUUGAAUAUCGUACACAUUCAGCGAAUGCAACAAUAAAUUCACAACAAACAACAUCUUCGUCUGGUAUAAAACAGCAGCGUCGUAAAUCAUUGACAUUGAACAAUACAAAUCAACAACAACAUCAUCGUCGUCAACAUAAUGGACGUAAAAUUACAAAUCAAACAUCGAUUGUUGAUACAUUAAAUGGUGGUGGUUCAUUAGAUGAACUUUAUAUCAAUAUUGAUCGUAUUAUUGCCAAUGAUUUUCUUGAACCAUUACCAUCAUCAUCAUCAUCAUCAUCGGAUUGAAUAAUUUUUUUUUAUAUUUUUACAUAAAAACAAAAGUG